AUGUCCUUUGAUAAGUUGGUUGGUCUUUCCAUGUUGGCCGUAGCUACUGCUGUAUUCACCUACUACACCACGUGGGUCUUUGUUUUGCCCUUUGUGGAUGAGUCCAACUUCCUCCAAAACUUCUUCUUGAGCCGUGACUACGCCAUCAAGUUGCCAUUUUUGUUGCUCUUACUUGCUGCCUUGGGAGUUGGAUCCUUUGUCGGUAACGUUUUGAUCAAGAGUGCCAAGAAGGAGCAAUUGAAGAAGCAAGCAAAGAAGAAUAACGUGAGGAAUUCCGAAGAAGCGGUUCCAUUAUGUAGUCAUGAAGAUUAAA